UCCAAUAGUUACGAAGCAACAAUCGCCGAAACUUGCCGGCUAGUGGAAGUGAAAAGUCUGCAGCAUCAAAGCAAAAAAGAGUUGGUUCCCGAACGAAAAGUGAGCGUGUCCUCAGGUGAAAGGUUAAGCCUCGCCGCGUGCUGGUUAAUGGUGAUUUUUCGGUGAACAAAAACCCUCAAAAUGGCUUACGCACUGUUGCGGAACUACAUUCGGCCCACGGCCACUUUGUUCGAGCGACAACUCGGAGCAAUGUCGUUGGCGGCCAUCACAACAGAAACUGCGACUGCGAUUGAAAAGGCCAGACCCAGCAGCUACCUGCCGAAGGACGACCAAAUGAGGCGAGCCUUCGCCUCGACGGCAGUCCGCAAUUACUCGAAGAAAACGGCCGCUCCGGAACGGGCCUACAAUUCGGAUUCCGACUCGGAUUCGGACGAUGAACGUGAAGCAGCACCGCGUCGCCAACGCAAGCAACGGGUCUUGCUCUCUUCGAGUGGAAAUGUGGGUAACUCGGACUUUUGGCGCCGCAAGAUGCGCACCCUGCACGGACUACUAGACGUUAACAAGGAUGGUGUCAUUUCGUACGAUGAUUUUGUGCUUCUGACAGAAAAGUUUGCUUCCCUGGGUCACUUGGACACCAAAGCGAAGGAUGAAUUCCGUGCCAUAAUGAGAACCACCUGGGAACAGCAGUGGGGAGAGAUAACGCCCUACAACCUAGUCACGGUCGAGCAGUACCUGACCGAGAUGCACCACGUCGUGAAUGAUAGGGAUCUGAAGAAGAAGGUCCACCGUUUUCUGCCGUACCUGUACAAGGCAGUCGACAAGGAUCGGUCGGGGUCGAUCUCGUUGCACGAGUUUAAACUGUUCUUCCGCUGUCUCGGGCUGACGGAGGAAGAUGCUGCGGUUUCGUUUGCGGUGAUCGACAAGAACGGUGACGGACAGAUCACGCUCGAUGAGUUCGUCAAGCUGGGCAAGGAUUUUUUCGUCAGCGAAAAGGAAACGCACGUAUCCCGGUUGUUCUGGGGCCCGCUGGUCGAUCACUAAACGUCUGAGGGUCGCAGCCGACGAAGACCAGUUCACCGUGCAUGACAUUCAAUAGUUUAUCCGACGCGCUGGAGACGCAGAGCGCGUGUAGCGAUAGGGCUUUUUUGGAACGAAAGUUUGAUUGAGUGAAAUGAUCACUUUGGGACCUUAGAGCUGUCCGUCUUACAGUUACGUGACACACCGAUUUGUAGGGGCAUAUAGAGAUGAUCGCGAUCCGUUUUUAUAAUGUUUUUUUUUUUCUAUGGCGUGACAAAACGUAAACUCGAAUGCUAUCGCCGCCGCGGGCCUGAGAAACGGGUGGAACAUAAUUGGACAAAAUGUAAGCAGCAUUUGUGAUA